ACAACGCCGUAAUGGUUAACAAAUAAACGUAACUAGGGUGUGUCCCUUUAACAUAGGUAUAUGAAUUUUUGGUGUCAAACAAUACACUCAUAAUUAAAUACAUUGUAGAUGUUUAUGGUGACUUUAGUUUAUGGCAAAAAUGCACGUGCAAUUCACGCCAACCAGAAAGAAUUUUGUUACUCAUGAGUAUUACAUUUAUCAAAACAGGUGUCUACAUGUAAUAUUGCAGUUAAAUAUUCUAAUUACAUGCACAUAAUUGUCUCUUUUUUCAGUUAUUAUUCAGGGUUUCUUUUUGUUUGUGACCGCCCAACAAAGAUCAGUGGCGCAGCAAUGUCUCACAGAACAGAUCCGCAGCAGUAACGUGGGAUUUCAGCCAGUCAGAGCACCGGUUGGACGAAACAUUCCCGCCACGGAUGCCACGUUGAACGCGUUUAGAGCCAUUUGUCAGAAUUACGAGAAUUACAUCAGAUGUUUCCAAACCAGACUGCCGGGAUCCACCGUUGCCAAUGAUAAUUUUCUAAAUUUGAUUUUUGAUGCCAACAACAUGAGAACUGCAUACCGGGGUCUCUGUAAAGACUUGAACGUUCUGCAGCGACGAAUGCAGUGUUUGCUGACGACUCCCCAGAUCCAACAGUGCUAUAACAACUUCCGGUCGGCUGUGAUUCAGGUAGUCAACAUUGGACGACAGGGAGGCAUGCAGAGGAGAGAUCUAGAAGCUAUCGCGUGCAACGUCUCUAUCGCAAGAUAUCAAUGUGAGACCCAGGUAUAUUCGUUCUGUGACCAACAAGCAGGGGAGAUAAUGAGGAACUUCUUUUACGCCGGACUGCCUGGUCGGUGUCGUCAAAGUACGGGAGUUGUCUCCCGUUACACGCAGAUGUGGGGAGGCGCAACUGUCUCACAACUAGCCAUCAGUCUGAUUUCUCUCCCAGUCUUAGUGAUGUUCAAGCACGUACUAGGCUUAUAACCAAACACAAAGACUGUGUGUUAUAGUUACAUUUUAAAAUAAACGAUUAAUACACUAUUGUUGGAUAAUUCAGAUGUAGUAUAGGGCUGUCAUGUUUACAAAUGUCCCUGUCGUUUACAUUGUACUUAUUUAUUAUCAGAUACGAUUCCGUUUAAACUACCCAACGAGCAAUAACUGACGUAGCCAGUAAGGGGGAGAGGGUAGGAUAAGGUUAUGCCCCCAAUCACAUUAUUUUCUCCACCACUUUUUUUUAUUUGUCUAUUGCUCGAGAUUGAUAGACGGUUUGGUUGCGUCCCCCCCCCCCCCCCCUUUUCCCCGCAAUGAAUGUGAAUGCCCUCAGUAUAAAAUCCUGACAUCGCCUUUGCAAGUAAUUAUUAUAGUUUUCAAAAUAAUAUAGGAAAGCUUGAUAGAUAGUAUGUAUUUUUAAAAACAAACUCGCGAAUGUAUUUAAUUAACUAUGAGGAGGUGCAGGCGAAAAAGUGACAGAAAUUGGAAGCCCGAAUCACCUCUGAAGAUAAUACACUGGCCUAGCCAGCUGAAAAUUCAUUUAUUAUGUAGUUGUCGGACCCUCCCCAACAGUUGCUGUUACCUUCCUUAUGGUGUCUUUGCUCACAAAAAACGAUGUCAUGUACGUGGGUAAACGCGGGUAAACGUAACGGCUCUGACGAAGAAAUAGAAAACACACCACCUACUGAAACUGGUACACGUACUGUACAAAACUAGGUGGUAGAGUAUGAUGAAUAAGAUAUUGGGAAUACCAUAAUAUAACGAGAGGACAUUCGUCAGAUUUAAUACAUGAGUAUUCAAACUUCCUGUACAAGGAUUUUGCACGAGUGUAAUUGCGUUAUGGCGUAUAAUACAUAAACACGAUAUACAUGAACUACACAAUGUGGAAUCUUAUAAAUGGAAGUUUAGUGUACAUGUACUAUAUGUAUGGGGGUGUUUUAUUAUUAAAAAAUAAUAUUGUUCUUAUUUAUUUGUAUUGCUGCCUGUACAUUCCUGCAUUCAUACAAUGCAUUAGCCAGGAUGCCAAAAUACAGGAAGUAUUUCAAGAAAAGUAAAAGAAUAUUGGAAACACAAUUGGACACCUUUUUAGAAAUUACCAAUGUUAGAAAUAGAGAAGUUAAGAAUGCUUUAGUAACAACAAUUCGGCGCCUUUAUAACAGGACUUAGUAACGGAUGUAUAUAACAAUCAUCACAUUCUACUUAUUGUCAUGGUAUAGACUACUCAAAUAUGACAAAAUUAAACUGAAACAAAUUAUUGUGAUAGCAUGGUUCUUGAUUAAUGUCAAUGGAUCUUUCUACAUUGACGUUAGGAGGGUGGCAAUAUUGCAAUUUUUUUUCACAGUUAAAUGAUCUUGUUAAGAGCGUGUAGUGCUAAUUUAAAUUUCCAGAAAUACUCAUUUUUACUAAACCGAUGUUAUGAAGCAAACAUAUAUAUCAGUACAUCAUCAAUAGCAUCAACGUCAAAUUAUUAAUGCUGAUGUGUUUUUGAGAUAGUAUUAUUGAUACUACAGUUAGAACAGUAUACAUCAUUUAUUAAUUAGUAUUAUAGUUUUAUUUAAUAUUUUAUAAUGUUUCAUUUCUAUCAUAAAUACCUGUAUAUAACAACGUUCAUAUAUUAUUUUGUUCAUUGACAGUUACGUUAUUAAUAUACGUGUAUAUUCUAUUGGCCACUCUUUUUUUUCGGUAAUUAGGGUAUUUUAUUUGUAAAUGAUUUCGUGUAAAUAUGCAACUAUAUGUUUAUCGCCCUUUUGUUUUUAGUACUUGGGUUAGUGUAGUAAGAAGCAAACAAGUAUAGUUUUAAAAUAUUACGACCUUUUCAUAAUAAUUUUCUGCAUAACACCAUAUAAUAUGGUUUAUUUUUGUAUCCUUCAAUUUCAUAUUAUCGAAAUGUGUCAAUAGUUUUAAUGACUGUGUAGAAUUCACAAUUGAAAGAAUACUUUGGAGUGUUAGACCCAUGUUCAUCAAAGAAAAUGCAGAAAUGAAUGUUUUUAAUGCAGGUGCGGAUCCGAAGGACGCUCGUCCUCAAUUUGUUUGCCAACGUAAAAAAGAAGCAAAAAGAAAGCAUGUUUAAACACCUCUUACCAUGUCCAACGCCCUCUCAUCCACCCCUCUCCCAUUUCACUAACCCAUAGAUCCGCGCCUGUAAUCGUUUUUUUUUCUUCGUUUUUUUGUAGCGGUUUCAUAUGUUAUUGAUACCGGGUCCGGAAGGCUGUAAUCUACUCAUAGAAAACAAAAAGCGUGGCCCCCACUCGACAAGUUUUUCAUGCAUAGAUUAUUAAACUGCCAGUUACCAAGGUUUUCCUUGCAUGUUACAAAGCAGGUUACCUUUGUACAUCAUGCACUUUUAUUUAACAUUAUUAUUUAAAAUAUCACUAUGCGUUUUUCAUUGGUUUUUCAUAAACGAUAGGUCUGCGGUAACGUUUUACUACUGACAAAUUAAUAAAGUUUGUUUUAUGGGUGGUGGCUGCGGGAGGGGGAUGGUAAAAAGAUUGCUUCUAACUCAAAAUGUGAUUAUUUAUGGAAAAGCCUUGAUGUAUUCACACAUCACGAUACUCAUUUUGACAUACAGACACAUGCGCGGAUGCACGCGCGCACGCACACACUAAAUCGAAAACUAUAUCUUGGCUAAUAUGACAAACCAACAUCGUCGUUACAACGAUAAUCCAUAUUCGUGUAGAAGUAUACAGAUACUGAACAUACGACCUUCACAAAGAUACUGCAGAUAGUACUCAAUACAGUUUACUUAUUUCACAUAACACUUUAGAAUAUUAAAUGAGACCUUCUGUGAUGGUUGACGUUAUAGUACAGACAUAUUUUUAUUUUAAAAUAUUUGUAUUCUGGUCACUAUUGCAUCCAAAUAGAUCUUGCUCUUAUGUUCAUAUCAGAUGGUCAGAAACUACUUGUAAUUACCUGUAUCUGGCGCAUCAAAAACGUGCAUUACUGUAACGUCAGUAAAUGGUCACCAAAAACCAUUUAUGGUAGUCUGGUGUACUUUCAUUGCAGUAAAUGGUAGCUUAUAUGAAACUAACAACAAGAGAUCCUUGAAUACAAUAGUGAACAAAAUACAGGCAUUUAAAGUUUUAAACAUUUGGCUGCAACUGUAACACCAAUCACUGUGGUAUUGCCCAAAUUAUACAUUCAGUAGAAUACAAAUAUUGACUAUUAUCUGUAAUGAUGAUGAUAAUUUAUUUAUCUGCACGUACUGAUCUUAACUUGAGGUAUUUUAUAUUGCAUGGUAAACUGUUUCCACAAUAUCACUCCACAACAGGGGCGUGCGCAGGAAACUUUUGCAGGGUGGGGUCGAGGUGUCUGGCGAAGCCCGACACCGCGAGCGGCGCAGGCGCGAAGCCCGUGGCGGGGGGUCUGGCCCCUUCUAGGGCUAUUCUGAGGUGUUUUCUGCUGGCUAGCCGAGCUGCUUUCUGACCACAUUCACAGGAAUGUAAAAAAUCGGGAUAUGAAAAAAAAAUUCGCCUUCAAACACCUGCAUAAUGUAUUAAAUCACUUUUGUUUCGUC